GAUAGGAAAAAUGUGCAAUCUUUAAUAAUUUUAGACCUUAAGUUCGGGGAAGUGAGAUGUGCUAGCGGAUAAGAUAAAAUGCAGGCCUUGGGCAGAUCGGGCCACAAUCUGGGGGCCUUUACCAGUUCCAGCUCGAUUUUGUACGCCACAUCAACAAAAACAAACGCACACACGCACAGAUAUCGAACAGAUGUUUUGCGUUUAUUACGUAAUUAUAUGAAUUUGGCGCAAAAUUCAAUGACGUUUAGAGCCCCAACGACAGCAGCAGCAGCAAAAGCAACAGCAACAGCACCGCGUGAACGAGAGCACACGAAAACGUUUACGGUCCAGACGACGCGAAGAGUGAUCCACGGUUUUGCUGGCCGCAGUUAUUCGCGAUAUUCUGCUAGCACCAUCAUGACCUCCUACUGCAAGGAGCUGUCUCUCAAGGACUAUGACAUCAUUGGGUUCGACCUGGACGGCACUCUGCUGCGCUACAAUCUCACCAACAUGUCGGCCCUAAUCUACGACGUGCUGAAGCGGUAUCUGGUCGAUAACAAGGGUUACUCCGAGCAGCUGCUGAAGCUGCCCAUGGAUCUGGACUUUCUGCAGAAGGGUCUGUUCCUGGAUGGGCCGCGCGGCAAUAUCCUGAAGCUGAGCAGCGAGGCGCAGAUCCUGAGGGCCACACAUGGCACCCGGCUACUGACAGACGAAGAAAUCGUGGCCAUCUACGGACCAGAGCGGCAAUGGGCGAUCACCACAUCCUUCUACAAGGACCCGCUUUCCACCUGGAACGGUGCGGCCUCCGAGCAGAUGCGCUCCCUGCUGGACUACUUUGAUACGCCCAGCGCGUUGGUGUUUGCCCAGGCCGUGGACUUGGUGGACAAGGAGAGCGAGUCGCCGCCGCAGGAGUACGAAGUGUGGCGCGAUCUGCAGGCCGGUCUCAUGCACAUCUUCAGCAGAGAUCACUUUUCCAACGACAUCAGCUUGUACUUCAAGGGCAUGCGGGCGGAUCCUCAGAAGUAUGUCCUGUGCACGGACAGCAGCGUGAUGGACUGGCUGUCGGCACUGAGGAAAUCCGGCAAGAAACUCUUCCUGCUGACGGGCUCCAACAUUGAUUUUGCCAAUCUGACGGCGACCCAAGCGCUGGGCAAGGACUGGCAGGAGUAUUUCGAUUUUGUGGUGACCUACGCCAAGAAGCCGGGGUUCUUUACCAUUCAGCGUCCCUUCCUGCAGGUGGAUGUGAGGGAGCUGAAGGAGCUGGCCAACACGGAGCUGCCACAGGAUGCAGGGAUACUCAAGCCGGGGGAGCUCUACUCGCAAGGCAACUGGCAUCAGCUGCACAAAGCACUCGCGCGGCUGCUAAACAAAGAACCCGCCCAGGCCAGGGCCCUGUACUUUGGCGACAACAUCAUCCAGGAUGUCUACACGCCCGUGAGGCAUCGAGACUUUGAUGCCGUGGCUAUUGCCGAGGAGCUGCUGAUGGAGGAGAAGAACUAUCCAUAUUUCGCCGAGCUGGAUUCGCAGCUGUGGGGCUCGUACUUUGCCAUUGGCUGCCAGCCCACCCUCUGGUCGAACUUCAUCAGCAGCUUUGCCCAGAUCUGUGUGCCCUCCAUGCAGGAGGUGGCCCAGACGGCGCCCGCCCAACGCAUCGUGUGCACCAAUCCGUAUGGCUUUUCGCCCAGGCUUCCGAAAGAGCUGGAGAUGACGCAUCCAACGAGCUGCUGGGAAGGUGGCACUGGAAGUGGCAUAUGAUGAUAUCAUUACCCAAGAGCUUCGACUCGCAAAUAAUGCACGCCGCUGCCGCUGCAUCUCAUCAAAAUUCUACGAAUCGUACAACAAAAUGCUAUUCAGUAAUGAGAGAGAAAAUCUACUAUAAACAUUUCGCACUCUCGGCUACAGUGCAUGUCAUAAUGCUAAGACCUUUCUAACAGAUUGUAAUAGACAAACUAAUUUAUCAUAUACUAAAAUAGGCAUCAUUUUUUAGCUAAAAUUUAUACGGAUAACCGAAACUGAAGCAAAUUUUGAAUAGAAUAGAGAAAUUUAUAUGUUAUACCUACUCCCGAAACGCAGUGUAAAUGCUGAAUUAGCCUUUGACCUUCCCAUUGUACAAAUAUGUUUGUAUUUUAUGUAUACACAAAAGCAACAACUAAAUAAAUGGGUUGUGCC